AGAGAAUUCAUAAAAAAUGAUAGAUGUGAUACUUAUUUGUUCCAGAAUACUUCUUUUAGUUUUCAGUUGUUAUUGUAAUGAUCUAGAACCUGCUUCUCUUGAUAGUAACCAGAGGAUUACUGACCCUAGAGCUAGAGUUGAAACAAGAAAUAUUAAUGAAGAUUAUACAUUUGAAGUAUGGAGCGGUGUGGAGUAUUAUAUAAAGUUUGUUCUCACAGAUUCUGUAGCAGACGAACUAGCGAAGACGAUUACCAAACAGAUAUUCCAGGUCAAUAGUAGAAUAGGAGAAACUACAGAAUCUACUGUAACAGAUUUACAUGAAUCUGUUACGGGUAUUGAAGAUUUUAUAACAGAUGUUGAUGAGACAGAUAACAGAUUACUGAUAAAUCCUGUAGAUAUUACAGUUCGCCAGUUUAAUAGAAUAAUUAGCUUUCAGCUUCCUGCCACAGAGAGACGGGGAAAUAGCAUUGUGUAUCGAAGCAAUGAGAAGUCUGUGGAUUUUUGUCCUACGUCGGAUAUAAACUCGAAUUCUACUGUUCUCAUGACGCUUUCUACCAGCUCACAUAAACCGGUUCUAGUCCAUAUCAAGGUCCUUCUUAAAGGGAAAACUGCAGGAUGGAAUAGAACAAAGACUGGAGUAUAUGAGAGUAGCACUAGUAUAACUCCAGUCACCACCAGGAUACGGUACUUUCAACCAAACCUACUCCCACCAGGAUAUAUUAAUAUUAAGGUGAGUAUGAGAGAAGAUUCAGAUUGCCUGUGUUCUCUAAUUUCUAUUCAGAACCCUACAUGUCCUUUCCAUGAUGAUAUUGGAUCCGCCAUGAGGUAA